UAAAUUCAAAGCUCAACACAACACCUUCACUAUUUUCCCAUCUUCCAUUAAAUUGCAUGUUCAACUGUUGGAAGAGUAACCCUUGUUUUUUGUCUAUAAUCUUUAACCUUAGCAACACGAACAACAAUAGUAAAACAGAGCAAUCCCUGUUUUAAAUAUUUUCUUUCUAGUUCUAGCUCAAUAAGCUGAGACACGUAUUUCAAAAUGAAACCUUUUUACAGAUUCUUGAUUCUCCUAACCUUCUUCUCUAUAGUAGAAUCUUCAUGCAACAGUAAACACCAAAUCUUGUUAAUUUCAAAAGCUUUCAAAUUUGUUUCUGGCUUCAACUCUUCCACCUUAUUCCAAACAAGAAUUUCAAACUCUCAUAUCACCAAAAUAGUUCUUCCCUCCAAAAAUCUAACCGGAACAAUUUCAUGGGGUUAUCUCAAAAACAUCUCAAACUUACAAAUUCUUGAUCUCUCUGGAAAUUCUCUACAAGGCCAUGUACCAAGCUGGUUUUGGUCUAGUUUUUCAUCCUUAUUAGAAAUAAACCUCUCAAGAAACAAAUUCGGAGGAAGCAUCACCAUUGAGUUGAACAAUAAAACCUCAACCAUUCAAAACCUUAAUCUCUCACACAACAGGUUCACCAACGUUGCUCAACUCUCUAGCUUCCAAAACCUUAAAAUCCUCGACCUUUCUCACAACAACUUAAGAGCACUUCCCUUAGGUUUUCAAAACCUUACCAAACUACAACACCUUGAUCUUUCAAGCUGCAAUCUCAAAGAUAACAUAAAACCCAUUUCUUCUUUACACAAUCUUCACUACUUAGAUUUAUCAAACAACACUUUAACUGGUAAUUUCCCUUCUGAUUUUCCUCCACUUCACAAUCUUAAAUUUCUCAACAUUUCACAAAACAACUUCACCUAUCACAAUACAAAACAAAACAUCAUUCAUAGAAAACAAACCAAACCAACAUCCAAAACAUUGAUACUUAUAGUGUGUUCUGUAUCAUCAACAGUAUUUGUUAUAGCUAUUAUUUCCAUUUGGGUCAUCUUUAUUAUAAACAAAAAGAUGAAACAACGUUCCAAGAUGAAGAAAUGGGCUAUCUCAUUACCAGUUAUGAUGAACAAAACAAACACAAAGGUAGAGAAAACAGGACCAUUUGAGUUUGAAACAGAAUCAGGAACAACAUGGGUUGCAGAUGUGAAAGAACCAACAUCUGCAGCAGUGGUGAUGUUUGAGAAACCAUUGAUGAACUUCACAUUCAAAGAUCUCAUCAUUGCCACGUCACAUUUCGGGAAAGAGUCACAGCUAGCAGAAGGAAGGUGUGGACCAGUGUAUUGGGCCGUGUUGCCCGGUGAAAUACACGUGGCAAUCAAGGUUCUUGAACAUGUCAGAGACGUUGAUUAUGAUGACUCUGUGGCUAUGUUUGUUGACUUAUCGAAACUGAAACAUCCAAACUUGUUGCCUCUUUCUGGUUACUGUAUUGCAGGAAAAGAGAAGCUAGUGUUAUACGAGUUUAUGGCAAACGGUGACUUAGGUAGAUGGCUACACGAGCUUCCAACUGGGGAUACCAACAUCGAGGAUUGGACAGGUGACACGUGGGAGUUCCAAAAUAGCGUCGUCGAAUCAUCCUCGGAGAAGAUGGGUUGGCUAACACGCCACCGUAUCGCGGUAGGGAUAGCACGUGGCCUCGCAUAUCUCCACCAUGCAGGUUCCAAACCGGUUGUACACGGCCACCUUGUCACCUCCAACAUUUUACUCACCGAUAAUUUUGAGCCGCGAAUAUCUGAUUUUGGAUUGCGGAUCCACUCGAGUCUUAAUGGUGGCACUGAGGAUGAUGUGUUCUGCUUUGGCGUGGUGUUGAUGGAACUUCUAACUGGGAGGAUUGGCACAAUGACAACAAUCAUUGCGGUUAGAAAGGCAGCGAGAGAGGGACAACAUGUUAGAGUCCUUGAUGAGAGGUUGCUACUUGGAGGUGAUUCAGCCGUGAGCGAGAUGGUGGAGAGCCUCGUAGUCGCUGUCUUGUGCAUGGCUGAAUCACCUUCUAAGAGACCUACCAUGCAACAGGUUUUAGGCUUACUCAAAGAUAUUCAUACUCAUUAAUUACUUGUUUUAA